AUGGAAACAGUCGAGGACCCGGCGGGCCCGGGCAGAGGGCACCUCGCGCGCGCGGCCGAGGGGCGCCGGGCGGGCCCCGUCGCCCCCCGUCCGCCCGGGCAGGUGCGCCCCCGCCCCCGCGGCGCCCCGGGCGGUCGGACCCCGAGGGCGGGCUCCCGACGCCCCGCCCCGGCCGCAGAGCAAUGGGCGCGCGGACAGCCGGGCGGGCGGGGCGGGCGCGGCGGCGGCGGCGGCGCGGGCACGGGCGCGGGCGGAGGACACCGGCCGACCGGGUGCGCGACCAUGGCCUCCAAGUGCCCCAAGUGCGACAAGACCGUGUACUUCGCUGAGAAGGUGAGCUCCCUUGGCAAAGACUGGCACAGGUUCUGCCUCAGGUGUGAGCACUGCAGCAGGACGCUGACGCCCGGGGGCCAUGCCGAGCAUGACGGGAAGCCCUUCUGCCACAAGCCCUGCUAUGCCACGCUGUUUGGACCCAAAGGGGUGAACAUCGGAGGUGCCGGCUCCUACAUCUACGAGAAGCCCUCUGCCGAGAAACCCCAAGUCACUGGCCCUAUUGAGGUCCCUGUGGCCCGAGCUGAGGAGCGGAAGGCCGGUGGCCCCCCGAAGGGGCCCAGCAAAGCUUCCAGCGUCACCACGUUCACCGGGGAACCCAACGUGUGUCCUCGCUGCAACAAGAGGGUCUACUUCGCCGAGAAGGUGACGUCUCUGGGCAAGGACUGGCACCGGCCGUGCCUGCGCUGUGAGCGCUGUGGGAAGACGCUGACCCCGGGCGGGCACGCGGAGCACGACGGCCAGCCCUACUGCCACAAGCCCUGCUAUGGAAUCCUUUUCGGACCCAAGGGCGUGAACACCGGAGCCGUGGGCAGCUACAUCUAUGACAAGGACCCCGAGGGCAAAGUUCAGCCCUAGGCCCCCAGGCCCCUCUGCGGGGCACGGGCCGUCCGCGCAGGCCCCUGGCCCAGGGCCCACUGCCUGGCUAAGCGAGGAGAGUGACCGCUGCCCAGACCCACCCCUGCGAGUCCAGGGCCGGAGUGCUGGGGGAGGGGGAAGCCCCUGAGCCCACCCACCCGUGUCUCCGGUGUGUCUGCCUCCGUGUCCCCGGCCGCCCGUCCCCCCCUUUUGUGUUCUCCUGGCCCCACGUAUCCCAUGUCUGUGUCGUGGCCCCACACGUCCCGGGUGUCUCACCGGCCUGGGUGGGUCUUCCUGAGGCGGCCGUCUGGUGCCCCCCUCCUGCUGCCCCAGUCCUGCCCACGGUGUUAUUUAUGCUCCCCUCGCCAGUGACAGCCACCGGUGACAGCCACCGCCACGCCCCUCACCGUGUCCCACGGGCAGAGGGCAUCCGGGCCAGGAGCCAUCUGCCCGCCCCCCACCCCCACCCCCGCCUCGCAAGCGCCUGCCCAGCACCCUCACGUGGCUCACGCCCCACUGCCUGGACUUUUGCUAUCAAUAAACGGUUUGAGGAUCCUGUGA